GGUUUCCCGGUGGUCCAGCGAGUCUAUUUAAGCGGCCGCACGGCGGCCACACCACUUCACGAAUUCAAUUCGCGCAGCACACUCGGCACUUGGACUUCAGCGGACUGCUCGAGAGGAAUCUGUAUCCACAUAAAGAAAUCUGCAACAGGAGAAGAUCCCAAAACAGGCGGUGUUUAUCUCUAUACGCUUGUUAUUGUCAGCUCCCCGUUGUUUGUUGACUGUUUGUUUGGGUUGAACGCACGCGGAAAAUGGAGAGCAAGACAAAGGUGAACGGCUUUGUGGAAUCGACGUCGUCCUCAGCGGCGCCGGCAAUCCAGACAAAGAGUACCGCCGGAUUCGAUGCCGAGCUGCAAGAUGGGCUGAGUUGUAAGGAACUGUUCCAGAACGGUGAGGGACUCACCUACAACGAUUUUCUCAUACUGCCCGGCUACAUAGACUUUACCGCCGAGGAGGUCGAUCUCAGUUCGCCACUGACCAAGUCACUGACACUGCGGGCACCGCUGGUUAGUUCGCCCAUGGACACGGUAACCGAAUCGGAGAUGGCCAUCGCCAUGGCGCUGUGUGGUGGCAUUGGCAUCAUCCAUCACAACUGCACGCCGGAAUACCAGGCGUUGGAGGUGCACAAGGUUAAGAAGUACAAGCACGGCUUCAUGCGCGACCCCUCGGUGAUGUCGCCCACGAAUACGGUGGGGGAUGUGUUGGAGGCGCGGCGGAAGAACGGAUUCACCGGCUAUCCGGUCACCGAGAACGGCAAACUGGGCGGCAAGCUGCUGGGCAUGGUCACGUCGCGAGACAUCGACUUCCGCGAGAACCAGCCGGAGGUCCUGCUGGCCGACAUCAUGACAACGGAACUGGUCACCGCUCCCAAUGGCAUCAAUCUGCCCACGGCGAACGCUAUUCUCGAGAAGAGCAAGAAGGGAAAACUGCCGAUUGUUAAUCAGGCCGGCGAACUGGUGGCCAUGAUUGCCCGCACGGAUUUGAAGAAGGCACGCUCCUACCCGAAUGCCUCAAAGGACUCCAAUAAGCAGCUUCUUGUCGGCGCAGCCAUCGGAACGCGGUCGGAGGACAAGGCGCGCCUGGCUCUGCUGGUGGCCAACGGCGUGGACGUCAUCAUUCUCGAUUCAUCGCAGGGCAACUCCGUUUACCAGGUGGAGAUGAUCAAGUUCAUUAAGGAGACCUAUCCCGAACUACAGGUGAUUGGUGGCAAUGUGGUAACACGUGCCCAGGCCAAAAAUCUCAUUGAUGCCGGCGUCGAUGGACUGCGUGUGGGCAUGGGCUCCGGUUCCAUCUGCAUCACACAGGAGGUGAUGGCCUGCGGAUGUCCUCAGGCCACUGCUGUCUAUCAGGUGUCGACAUACGCUCGCCAAUUUGGAGUGCCAGUGAUUGCGGACGGAGGCAUCCAGUCCAUUGGACACAUUGUGAAGGCUAUUGCAUUGGGAGCCAGCGCUGUAAUGAUGGGCUCGCUGCUGGCCGGCACAUCGGAGGCACCGGGCGAGUACUUCUUCUCCGACGGAGUGCGCCUCAAGAAGUACCGCGGCAUGGGCUCCCUGGAGGCCAUGGAGCGCGGUGAUGCCAAGGGCGCUGCCAUGUCGCGCUACUACCACAACGAGAUGGACAAAAUGAAGGUGGCACAGGGCGUCAGUGGCAGCAUCGUGGACAAGGGCAGUGUGCUGCGCUAUCUGCCCUAUUUGGAGUGCGGACUGCAGCACAGUUGUCAGGACAUCGGUGCCAACUCCAUUAAUAAACUGAGGGAUAUGAUCUAUAACGGCCAAUUGCGCUUCAUGAAGCGCACUCAUUCCGCUCAGCUGGAAGGCAAUGUCCAUGGCCUCUUCAGCUACGAGAAGCGUCUCUUCUAACAUACGACGAUGGCUGCGACGGAAACGGGCAGUGGAGGAGUGCCUGCCCCUGUCCAGCAGCAGCAGCAGCAGCAGCAACACCAUCAGCAGCAACAGCAUCGCCACCGAUCUGCAGCAGGCCCUCUACUCGACUACACCCGCCUAUUCGAUCGCAAGUGAGAGAAGAAAAGUGAAUCGGGCGCUCGAAUAGCGCAUCCUUUUUCCCUGGAAUUUUUCCAGUGUUAGGUUAAGUUUCAUUGGAAUCGCUGACGUUAAAGAUUACGAUUCCAACAUAUAUUCCCCUUUUUGAUGGCGGUGAGGGUUACCUCGAAUCGCCCGAAUAUAUGUGUAUACCCAAUCCAUCUGUCAGAUGGUAGACAGAAUUCUAAUUAUAAGUGUUUGCAGGUUACUUAAUCUGCAUAAAAAGUAUGUAAUCUUCAACUAUUUGCUAUAUAUAUCCCAAGCGCAACGCGUUGGUUGGCCGCUUACUUAUUUUGCACGCUAUAUGUAUAUAGAUGUUAAUCUCUAUUUGUAUAGUGUUGGAUGUUUACUAUUAUACUGAAGCUAGCUUCAAGUUUUAAAACUCUGCCAAACUUAUUAAAUGUGAACUGAAACUAAUUGAAAAGUA